GAAAAAUUCCUGUUGUGUAUAUAUUGUAAAUAUAAGAAUUUACAGGCAAAAUGGCUAUCUUAGGUUGUACUUACUAGUACUAACUAUUCCAGUACUAACUAUUUUUAGCAAACUGUAAUAAAAUAUUUCCCUUGAUAAAUAAUAAUCUUUUAUUGCUGACCGAUCGAUUUACCUUCAUCAGUUAUCGCUGUACACCUGUUGCCUGUACAUCCGUAGUUAGUAUACGUCUAGUUUGUAUACAUACGUCUAGUUCGUACCUAUGCAGACAUGCAGUGUUCAAUAGAAUAUUUUAAAACCAGCCACGGGAAAAUAAAAUUAGGAUACCAAAAUUUUUUGUAUGUUUUCCAAAAACUUGUUAAAAAUGGCAAACGUUGGGUGUGUGUUCAUAAAAACGAAUGCAAUGGUAGUAUUACUACCGAUAAUGAUUUACAACAUGUAAUUAAAUCUGGGCCACAUAAUCAUGAAACUAAUUCGGGUGUUUUGGAAGCGGAACGAGCCAUUUACAAAAUGAAACAAGACGCUCAAGAAAAUUUAAAUUUACCAUCUAGAAUUUAUGCGAAAAAUGUAAUGAAUUUAUCUGAAGAAGGUAGGAAAGAAAUACCUAUUGAGAAUAAUUUUAAACGAUCUUUAAGACGAAUUCGUAGUAAUAUUUACCCAAAGUUAAAAUCAAUAAAUGAAUUAAACUUGGACAAUUCAAAAUGGGCCACUACCGGUGGAAUAGAUCCACAGCAAUUUCUUCUUUAUGACAACAAAAAUAAUAAGAAUAGAAUUUUAGUUUUUGCUUCACAGUUAUGUUUAAAAUCUUUAUCAUCAUCAAAACAUAUAUUUAUGGAUGGCACUUUUGCAACCUGUCCACGAGGUUUCUUUCAAGUAUAUGUUAUUCAUGCUCAAAUAGGGGAAAAAAGUUUACCGAUGGUGUACGUAUUACUGCAAAAAAAAACAAAAGAAACCUAUAAAGAAAUGCUUUUGGUGUUAAAAAAAUAUUGUUCUUCGGUUAAAGUGAUUUCGAUUGAUUUCGAACAAGCUGUGAUAAAAGCAAUUCAAGAUGUAUUUGAAAAUGAAGUAGCAAUCCAAUUAUGCUAUUUUCACUUAAAUCAAUCAAUUUGGAGAAAAGUGCAAGAAUUAGGACUAGCCAUAAAAUAUAAAGAAAAUAAAAAAUUCAGACAAGCUGUAAAAUUAAUUAGUGCUCUGGCAUUCUUACCUGUGAAUAUGAUUAAAAAAGGAAUAUCUAUAUUGUAUGAUACAAUUAAUUACAAUGACGAUGUAGACGACAUAUUAACUUAUUUCGAUGCAACGUACGUUAAUGGAAGUUAUAAAGCAACGAAUACUGAAUUUGAAACCAUGUAUCUCAAACGACAGCCACCGAUUUUUCCACCACAUUUAUGGAGUGUAUAUAAUGCAUCAAAAAAAGGUGAUGCCCGCACUAAUAACAUAUCAGAAGCAUUCAACAAUAAAUUCCAAAAUAUCGUCAGGAUUAAACAUCCAAGUAUUUAUAUGUUUAUUGAAUGUAUACAAUUAGUUAAUUCUACAACGAUGAUAUCUUUGACAAAAAACGAUGAAAAUGUAUUUUUGAAUAUUUUUUUAAAUCCAUUAAGUGAUAGGGAAAAAAAAAUUAUAUCUAUUUGUAACAGUUUUAACAUCAACUUUUCUAAAGAUGAACUUUUGAAUUAUUUGUAUUCCUUAAGUCUUGCUGUAAAAUAUCGAUGAACGCUAUCAAGGCUUUAUUCUCACAAGGUAUUAUAUACAUUUUUAUUUUUUUAUUUGACCAUAUUACGUAUAUUAUAUUUUAUUCAC